AUGGGGAGAGAGGUGGCUGGACAUCCGUUGUCGGCGUUGUCGUACAUGGUGGAGCAACUCAUCGUCGUCAAUCCUUAUAAUUCAGACAUCCUCCCUGAUCUCGAGAACUACGUCAAUGAACAGGCUAUGAUGGCCAUGCCAGCGCCAGAUUUCAGCCUUUGUCUUUUCUUAAUCCCAGAACUAGUGCAAAUGGAAGAACAAUUCAAGACUGUAAUUGUUCUCUCACACUACUUGGAGACAGCAAGAUUCUGCCAAUUUUGGGAUGAGGCAGCUAAGAGUCGUCAUAUAGUCGAAGAUGUGUAG